GAAAAAAACACCAUGACAACAUCAUUGACUGAAUUAGGGUCCAAGUUUGCUGGACUGAUGUUAAUAUGGGGCAUAAUUCAGCAAUACUUUCCCCCUGCACUCAGCAAGCGCUUCGAUUACUUAUGGCGCAGAGUAGAAAAUCACUUCUACCCUUACGUACAAAUUACCAUUGAUGAAUUUUCAAAUGGUAAAAGAAAUGAAAUCUACAGUCAUAUCAACUCUUAUUUAGGUACUAAGUCCAUAAAAAAGGAUGCUAAGUUGCUCAAAGUUGAAAAGUCUAAGAACAGCAAGUCUUUUGCUGUUAGCUUGGAUGAAGGAGAAGAAAUUACUGAUGAAUUUCAAGGUGCAAAAUUCAGUUGGCGCAAUUACUCUGUAAAAUUGUCCGAUGAUUUUUCAGGCCACCGGUCUAGCCGGUCUAAUUCCGUUCCAAUGGAAAAGAAAAGUUACAGAUUAACUUUCAAUCAACGAGACAGAGAAAUUGUUACCGGAAAAUACUUGAACCAUAUCACGGAAGAAGGCAAGGCGAUUCAGUUCCUAAACAGGAAACAAAAGAUUUACUCAAACAAUUGUAGUAAUGAUUGGUAUUGGUAUGGUAAAGGUAUGUGGAGAGACAUAAAUUUUGAGCACCCUGCAACAUUUGAUACUCUGGCUAUGGACCCUAAGAAGAAAGCGGAAAUAAUCAACGAUCUCAUUGCGUUCAGCAAGGGGAAGGAUUAUUAUUCUAAAGUUGGAAAGGCGUGGAAGCGCGGUUAUCUUCUUUAUGGUCCACCAGGAACUGGAAAAUCAACAAUGAUUGCAGCUAUUGCGAAUUACUUGAAUUAUGAUAUUUAUGAUCUUGAGCUAACCUCUGUUAAGGAUAACUCUGGGCUUAAAAAACUGCUCAUGGAAACAACGAGCAAGUCCAUCAUUGUCAUCGAAGAUAUCGAUUGUUCUAUCGAUCUCACUGGCAAGAGAAAGAAGAAAAAGAAAAAGGAAAAUGAAACAACUAGUGAAGAUCAGGAAGAAGAUUCGGACUCCUCCUCUACAGAAAAAGAAAAAGAAAGUACGGAAAACAAGGAAACAGGCAAACUCACACUUUCCGGGCUGUUGAAUUUCAUUGACGGAAUAUGGUCAGCUUGUGGUCAAGAGAGAAUUAUUAUAUUUACGACAAAUCACAAGGAAAAACUUGAUCCAGCUCUAAUACGACGAGGACGUAUGGAUAUGCACAUUGAGAUGUCUUAUUGCAGAUAUGAAGCAUUCAAAGUGUUGGCUAAGAAUUACUUGAAUUUGGAAACACACACUUUGUUUCAACAGAUUCAAGGUUUACUCGAGGAAGUAGAUAUGAGUCCUUGUGAUGUGGCUGAGCACUUGAUGCUUAAGAAUGCUUCUGGAGGGCCUCAAAUUUGCUUGGAUAACUUAAUUCAAGCUUUGAUAGAGGCCAAGAAGAAGAAGGCAAAUAAAGAUUCAAAAGAAUCCAAGGAAAAAGCCAAGCAGAAUUCCAUGAAAAUUAAGAAGUUCUCAGCAAAAUUUCUCAGAAGUUUUGGCAGCGUACAAAAGUUGCUCAAAUGAUAUCUUUUAACUUCAAUUGCCCCAUCAUUU